CAUCCCUAAUCUCGCUGUCCUUGACUGAAACCUGGAUUUCUCUGAAUUCCAAGUUUGGAGAGUCCUCCCUCCAUGGAGUUCGGCCUGCUCAGUGAGGCAGAGGCUCGGAGCCCUGCCCUGUCCCUGUCAGAUGCAGGCACUCCACACCCUCCUCUCCCUGAACAUGGCUGCAAGGGCCAGGAGCACAGUGACUCGGAAAAGGCCUCGGCCUCACUGCCGGGGGGCUCCCCCGAGGACGGCUCGCUGAAGAAGAAGCAGCGGCGACAGCGCACGCACUUCACCAGCCAGCAGCUGCAGGAGCUGGAGGCCACCUUCCAGAGGAAUCGCUACCCCGACAUGAGUACGCGCGAAGAGAUCGCCGUGUGGACCAACCUCACCGAGGCCCGCGUGCGGGUGUGGUUCAAGAACCGACGCGCCAAGUGGCGGAAGCGGGAGCGCAGCCAGCAGGCGGAGCUGUGCAAAGGUGGCUUCGCAGCCCCGCUCGGGGGCCUGGUGCCACCCUACGAGGAAGUGUACCCCGGCUACUCGUACGGCAACUGGCCGCCCAAGGCGCUCGCCCCGCCGCUCGCCGCCAAGACCUUCCCGUUCGCUUUCAACUCGGUCAACGUGGGGCCUCUGGCUUCGCAGCCUGUAUUCUCACCCCCCAGCUCCAUCGCCGCCUCCAUGGUGCCCUCGGCCGCCGCUGCUCCGGGCACCGUACCAGGUCCCGGAGCCUUGCAGGGCCUGGGCGGGGCACCCCCGGGCCUGGCUCCAGCCGCGGUGUCCUCCGGGGCAGUGUCCUGCCCUUACGCCUCGGCAGCCGCAGCCGCCGCUGCAGCCGCCUCCUCCCCCUAUGUAUACCGGGACCCGUGUAACUCGAGCCUGGCUAGCCUGCGGCUCAAAGCCAAACAGCACGCCUCUUUCAGCUACCCCGCCGUGCCCGGGCCGCCCCCGGCCGCCAACCUCAGCCCCUGCCAGUAUGCAGUGGAACGGCCAGUGUGAGCCGCAGGUCUGUGGAUCAUCCCCGAGGGCGGGGCAGUCAUUCACAGCCUUCCCGGACAGGGGUCGCCGAAACUGGCUUGCCCUCGUCCCGGGGUCUGAAAGGGGUGCUUGGGCACCCGGGGAGGGGCGGCAGGCUCCGAAGAGGGUCUCUUUCCUCACCACCCCGAGGGCUGGUCUGGCCCCUAAACGGAGACCGCGCCCCUGGGACUAAGGCCAGGAACAGGGACCAGCUAGCUCCCCCAGGGCCAAUUCACCCUUGGCCCAUCCCGCCUUCUCCAGACUUCCCCUAUCCCGUUUUCAAAGAUCAAUGAAAUAAACGUGCGCGGACUGUCAA